UGCCUCCGGCCCCGCGCAGCGGCUGCCCUGACCUGGCCGCGACCUCCCUCCGCGCGCCCCGCCGCCCCGGCCCCUGGGGUGUUCCCCAACCACGGCCCAGCCCCGCCACACCCCCCGCCCCCGGCCUCCGCAGCUCGGCAUGGGCGCGGGGGCGCUCUCCCUGGGCGCCUCCGAGCCGGGCAACCUGUCCUCUUCGGCCGCGCCGCUCCCCGACGGCGCGGCCACCGCGGCGCGCCUGCUGGUGCCCGCGUCGCCAACCGCCUCGCCCCUGACCCCGGCCAGCGAGGGCGCCGCGCCUCUCUCGCAGCAGUGGACGGCCGGCAUGGGCCUGCUGAUGGCGCUCAUCGUGCUGCUCAUCGUGGCGGGCAACGUGCUGGUGAUCGUGGCCAUCGCCAAGACGCCGCGGCUGCAGACCCUCACCAACCUCUUCAUCAUGUCCCUGGCCAGCGCCGACCUGGUCAUGGGGCUGCUGGUGGUGCCCUUCGGCGCCACCAUCGUGGUGUGGGGCCGCUGGGAGUACGGCUCCUUCUUCUGCGAGCUCUGGACCUCGCUGGACGUGCUGUGCGUGACGGCCAGCAUCGAGACGCUGUGUGUCAUCGCCCUGGACCGCUACCUCGCCAUCACGUCGCCCUUCCGCUACCAGAGCCUGCUGACCCGCGCGCGGGCGCGGGUCCUCGUGUGCACCGUGUGGGCCAUCUCGGCCCUGGUGUCCUUCCUGCCCAUCCUCAUGCACUGGUGGCGGGAUGAGGGCAAGGAAGCGAGCCGCUGCUACGAUGACCCCAAGUGCUGCGACUUCGUCACCAACCGGGCCUACGCCAUCGCCUCGUCCGUCGUCUCCUUCUACGUGCCCCUCUGCAUCAUGGCCUUCGUGUACCUGCGGGUCUUCCGCGAGGCGCAGAAGCAGGUGAAGAAGAUCGACAGCUGCGAGCGCCGCUUCCUCGGCGGCCCCGCGCGCCCACCCUCGCCCGCGCCCUCGCUGGGCUCCCCGCGCCCCGCCGCGCCCCUCGCCAACGGGCGCACCAGCAAGCGGCGGCCGUCGCGCCUCGUGGCCCUGCGCGAGCAGAAGGCGCUCAAGACGCUGGGCAUCAUCAUGGGCGUGUUCACGCUCUGCUGGCUGCCCUUCUUCCUGGCCAACGUGGUCAAGGCCUUCCACCGCGACCUGGUGCCCGACCGCCUCUUCGUCUUCUUCAACUGGCUGGGCUACGCCAACUCGGCCUUCAACCCCAUCAUCUACUGCCGCAGCCCCGAUUUCCGCAAGGCCUUCCAGCGCCUGCUGUGCUGCGUGCGCCGGGCCGCGCGCCGCAGCCGCCGGGCCUCGGGCGAGCGCUCGCGCGCCUCGGGCUGCCUGGCCGUGACCGGGCCGCCGCCGUCGCCCGGAGGCGCCUCGGACGACGACGACGAAGAAGACGAUGUCGUCGGGGCCGCGCCCCCCGCGCGCCUGCUGGAGCCCUGGGCCGGCUGCAACGGCGGCGCGGCGGCGGACAGCGACUCGAGCCUGGACGAGCCGGGCCGGCACGGCGGGGACGCCUCGGAAUCCAAGGUCUAGCGCGCCGCGCCCGGGUCCCCGCAGCUCCGGCCCGGGGACGCGGCGUCCGCACCCCUCAACCCCCCCCCCGGAGGAAACCAGCCCAGGCGCCCCCCACCACCACGAAUGGCUUCCCCGGGGCCAAGGAAUCUGUGUUUACGCAAGACCCCAAAGCAGGUGAACUCGAAGCCCGCGAACCUCGUCUCCAAAUCAGCCAAGGCCGACAGCAAAGCCGCGGGGCCCCUGGCACAGACAGGGAAGUUGGGGCAGGGGGUGGGAACGCGGCUGAUGGCUUUUUCGGGGGGGCCUCUUUGCUCUUCGUCUGUGCGCCUCCACCUUCUUUCUGUGUGUGUGAUGUGUGAUGGUGCAUCCGUAGACAUUUCUCCCCCCCCCCACCCCGCCUCCGGACGGUUUUUGACACUUUCUGCAACGACCAGCUUGGGGAGGGGCGGUAGGGGGCCCCCCCGGGAGGAGAGAAGCUCUAGGAGAUCAGAAUCCGUGUAGCUGGCUGCCACCGCGACCUCCUCGGGAUGCAGUCAUCCGGAGGGGCGGGGCGGGAGAGGGGAGGACAGGGUGUCAGGACAGGUUUUCCUUUGCUUUCCAGAGAAAUUCCAGUGUAUUCCUGAGGAAUGAUUUUUCUCUCCCGUUCUUAAAAGCAAAGGGAAAGGAUGGAAGCGAAAGCCACGUUUCGAGAAAACGGAGGCUGUGCUUGGAAGCAGCCUCCCUCCCCCUUGCUCUCCUUUCCAGGGCAAGUCUGCCCUUCCCGUGCGUCUGGGUGGUCAGGGUUUCUACCUCAUUCUGUGCACAUUGAUUGCACAGCAAGAUAGAAAGACUUGUUUAUAUUAAACAGCUUAUUUGUGUAUCAAUAUUAGCUGGAAGGACCAGGCGCUGAGCCUCUGUAACCAUGUGACUGUCCAUUGAGGAGAGGACAGAGAAAGGGAAAAAGAAAAUACACAAAGGAAACAGUUCAGAUUACUGCACAUGUGGGUAAAGACAAAAAAUACAAAAUAAGGAAUGAGUUAAAAUGCCAUUUUUGCACAGUGUUAAGGAUUGUAAAGUCCACAGAAGAUGUUACUUGCACAAAAAAAAAAGAUUUUUUUAUGGGGGGGCUUGGGGGGGUCUUUAAAACUAAAAUAAAAUUCAAACUCUACUUUUGUUGUCGAUGCUGUUAUUGAGCUGAUGAUUUGCUGGAAAGAUACCUUUUUAUACUCUUAUCAUGGUACUGUAAUUGUAUCCAUAGUAUACAUAUAAUUAUCUUAAGGAUUAUUUUUUAUUUUUUUAUGUCCAACUGCCCAAGUGAAUCUGGUGAAAAAAAAAAAAAAAGCACUUAUGUGUAAGUUCUACUCCCGCCUGUGUUUUACCAAGUAUUUAUACUCUGGUGCAACUAACUACUGUGUGAGGAAUUGGUCCAUGUGUAAUAAAUACCAAUGAAGCACAAUCAAGGUUAUGUGCCGUAUGUCUGUAGGGGAUCAGUGAUUAUGGAAAAGACUGUUUCGAAAUAUAGGCUGGAUUUCCCAUAGAGCUCUUUUAAUAGCUUUUCAUGACUCAAUAACAUAACCAAAAGCCUCUAGACCAAAUAAGGCAGGCACCUAACUAGGAACUACAGACUAAAAUUUCACAGCCGGAUUCCAAGUAUUCUAGACAGCUUGUAGGUGUUUUCAAGAUUCCAUCUGCUGCUCCUGACUUAAGAACUAUCAUUUGGGAUUGCCUGGCUUCUUCAGAAAGAAGUGAUCGGGCCAGAUACCUCAGCUGCAACUGGCCCAGCAAUGCAGGAGAGAAAAACUAACUCGUUAAACUAUCAGUUGCCUACUUGGAAAGUGAGACCUGCAGUGUAAACAGUGUCUUGGACUGCACACAGGAAUCUGAGCUUCCUGGAGAGCAAGUGACCCGUAUGGACAUCUACCGACAUAUCACACUCGUGUCUUCUGUACUCAUUUCCGUUGGUCUGGUCCCUGCGUGGACAAAUAGUGGAUCAGUACACUCUCAGCACUGCCAAUGAUUGCAGCCGUAGCCAGGUGUGAACAAAACACCACAACAGAACUUCACUUGCAGCCUACAAGCUAGUACCGCAACGGAAAAAGUGUGCAAGAACCACAACUGGCAAUGAAACCCCCUGACCAGCAUGUGUGAGAACUGCAGGAGCGCCCCCCCCCCCACCACCACCACUGAACAUAUGGAGCUCAACUAAGAACAUUGAGCACUGCUAAAGGCAUAGCAGCCUCGGUUGAGCACUGAGACCAGAUGAGCGGCCCCUGGCAAGCACCGGGGGCUGAGAACUGGGGUCUGGGGCUGGGAUGGGGCCAGAGAGGAGGGAUGGAUGAAGGGAGAAAACCCCAAACACAACUGCCUCACAUUUCAGAGUGUGGGCGCCCACUGGUGGCAGGGAUGUGAACACCAGCUCACCACCGCCAGGAAGCGGAAUUAAAGGGGACUGGAAACCUGGCCCCACUUCGUCCUCCUUCCCCAGGGAGGUUAUGGGAUACAAUUCACAAACACAGCUCCCUUUUGCUGCUGGUGGUAAAAAAUUCCAGCUCCCACAACGUCUUUCCUCCCUUCCAGUCUUCAUUCCCGCAAAGGGAUGCUGCCGUUCCUUCCCAGGGCCGAAUCUCUGCAGGAGGGAACCAGCAUUCACGGAAAAGCUCAGCGGCUGAGCCACGCCCCCUGCUGGCCGUCGGCGGCUGCGCACUUGGCCUGGCUCUGGAUUGAAAACGGGCAUCCGUGCCCUGUCCCCAGGGCGCUGUCCACUGCCCCGCCACAGUCCCCUUCCGCCUCCAAUCGCCCGGCAUCCUUCAGCGGGGGCUGCAGGUUUCAGGUGGCACUAGGUGACUUCUAUCAGCCACACUUAACAGAUGAGAACACUGAGGCCAGAGAGGCGAGUUGUCGCGCCUAAGGUUUUCCAGCUGUACCCGCCCCAGUCUUCCAGAGCGUUCUCUGUUGUCUAUUUUUUUUUAAUGUAGGAGUACUGCUAUUUAUUCAGCCAUUGAUUAAGCUGAUUGAAUUAGGCAUGAUCUCCGCAUUACUUUUUUAAGUUCAGUAUGUUAAUUUAAUUUUAUUAUUAUUCUAUUGGGCUGGAGCGAUAGCACAGCGGGUAGGGCAUUUGCCUUGCACGUGGCCGACCCGGGUUCGAUUCCUCCACCCCUCUCAGAGAGCCCAGCAAGCUACCGAGAGUAUCCCGCCCGCAUGGCAGACUGGCAAGCUACCCGUGACGUAUUCGAUAUGCCAGAAACAGUAAUAACAAGUCUCACAAUGGAGACAUUACUGGUGCCUGCUCAUGGGAUGACAGUGCUACAGUGCUAUUACUUUAUUAUCAUUAUUUUAAUCACCAUGAGAUACAGUUUGAGAUACAGCUUUUCUGUUUGAGUUUCAGUCAUACAAUGAUCGAUCACCCAACCCUCUACCAGGGCACAUCUUCCACCACCAAGGUCCCCAGUACCCCCCCAUCCCAACCCUCCCCCUGCCUCUAUGGCAGACAACCUCCCCCAUAUUCUCUUUUGUAGUGCUUGUUAUAAAUAGCAUGCCAUGUGGCCACAAGAGCGACUGCAUGCUCCUAGAAUUCUAAAAUUUUCGAUAAUUAGGGUCUAAUUAUCUUAUUAGAGGAAUUAGAUAAUUAGAGGAAUCUCUGCAGUGAGCUGCUUGGUUGAAGAAUCUUUUGUGUGUCUCUGAAUCAUGGCCGUUGAGGAGCUUAAGUAGCAGCUGGUGGCAGUUUGUGGGCGUGACCUCAGGGUCCCAUGGGGACGGGAAUGGGGUGGGGUCCAUAAGGAGGAUCGACCCGUACCCUAUCCCUUGAGGCCUGGAGUUCGAUGUCACUGACCCUGCGUACCUGCACUUCUCAUUGGGUCCUGGAAGUUGGCGGCCGCUAGGGUUUUUUAGGGUUCUCUGUUGUCUUAGGUGGAGAAUCCUGGCCUCUGGGCAGCCUGAGAAGACAUCGACACCAUCUCUCGGCACUCUGGGACGCCCCUGCAGAACCUUUACUGUGUUUAACAGGGGCCACAAGGAUGCACCCUCCCUCUGCUCCUCCCUGGCUGCGGUUGGACAAAGGGCAACAUCCAAAUGGCGAGGGCAAUGUGGCGUGGGGUGGAAGGUGGCUCACUGGCCCCGGCACUUGCCUUGCAAGCAAGUGUGAGGUCAGGAGUUCAGUCCCCGGUACUGACACGUGUGCCAGGCACAAUCCUAGCAGCUCUGCUGCCUGAGGCUCCCGGCCCUGCAAGGGUCAUCACAGCCAGGCGGGAGUGAGCACCACAGCUGGAUGACGUGACCCCACUGUGGGCAGGGGGAGGCAGUGCCGUCAGGAGUGUGACAGCUGACAGCAUGUGUCCUUGCAGCGACCUGGGUGAAUCCCCUAACCAAGCACACAUGUGACCCGGGUCUCUGCCACAGAGAAGGGCACGAGGACUACUGCGUUUUUGUAUUUGCCUAUUUUUGGUGGUGGGGUUGGGGAAUUGAACGCAGACCUUCUGAAGUUGCAAAACAUGCACCUAAUUGUGGAGUCAUGGAAACUGCAGGGAAGAGUCUCCAAGCAAGGUCUGUUGUGUGAGACGCUGGCAGCUUCUUUAAGCAAGUGAGCUGGGAUCUGUGUGAAAGGUAUCCGUGCAGAGAGGAGCUGCAAUGAUGAUCAAGCCCCUUCCCAAGGCAUCCGGCUUCAUCCUUUUUGUUUUAUUUAUUUAUUUAUUUAUUUAUUGCUUUUUGGGUCACACCCAGUGAUGCUUAGGGGUUACUCCUGGCUCUGCACUCAGGAAUGACUCCUGGCAGUGCCCAGGGGACCAUAUGGGAUGCCGGGGAUUGAACCCAGAUUGGCUGGGUGCAAGGCAAACACCGUACCCGCUGUGCUAUCGCUCUAGCCCCUGGGCUUCAUCCUUGGGGAGGCAGCAGAGGAUCGAGAACAGUGCCCCAAACUGACCUAAAUUCCAGCUCAGUUAAGUCCCUGAUUGUCAGCCUCCCUCAAAGCCUGUAAUCAGGCUCUAGUUUGGUCCUUGCCCCUGGGGGGUGAUGUCUUUUUAAUUUUAACCGUGUUCCUUGUCAUUUCAAAGAGCAAAUGUUUUCGGGUUUGGGGGUGAUGGUGUAUUAGCAACAGUGGGCAUGGGCAGGACCCACUUCUGGCUCUGUGCUCAGCGGUCACUCUCCAGGAGGUGCCUGGGGGACCGUACGCAGUGCUAGGGUGAACACCUAAAGCUCAGGGUAGCGCCUCACACAGAAUACGAUCACCACCGCUUGGUUAUGCCAAGAGAAGGAUCCAGAAGCACUCAGAGAGGCUUUUUAAAAGAAAUAGUUUUUAUUUUUAUUUUGUUUUAGGGGCUACACCUGAUAGUGCUCAGAAGCUACACCUGGCUCAGUGCUUGGGAAUUGCUCCCCAGCAGUGCUCAGACCACCGGGCACCAGGGAUUGGGCCCAGGAUUCCUGCAUACAAAGCAUGCACUCAGCCUAGCACCCUCCCACUCAAAGAGCCUUUUCUUAGUAUGCAGUGGGAUGGAUGGUGUAGCCAGAUAGUCAGAAAGUAAAUCCGUGGCCUGCAGGUUAAAAUGUGUGUAUAGUUGGGGGGGAGGGGGCGGGUCGAUAGUACAGUGGGUAGGGUGUUUGCCUAGCAUGCGGCUGACCUAGGUUUGAUCCCUAGCAUCCCAUCCCCGAGCACUGCCAAGAGUAAUUUCUGAGUGCAGAGCCAAGAGUAACCCCUGAGCAUCACCGGUGUGAUGAAAAAAAAAAAAAAGACCACUCCCCCCCUCAAAAAAAAGAUGUGCCGUGGUCUCCACCAACUUGGCAUUGACUUCAUCCAGUCACCACAGACCUCCUCUCCCAAUCCAAACUCAGUAAGUGGCCGCAUCUGCUUUUCAUUUGCAGUUUUAAAGCACUCUGCCACCUCUCUCCCUAAGGAUGGGCUUCUGAAGCAGAGGUUAAUCUGGAAAACCCUGGCCGGAUACGAGGAGUCCUGGCCCCCAAGAGAUACUGUGCUGUUUGCAUAGCAGAGAAGUAUGGGAAUAUCUAACACAUAAAUACACUCUGUGUGUGUGGGGGGGGGGCACCUGGUGCUCCUCGGGGGUUACUCCUGGCUCUAUACUCAGGAGUUACUCCUGGCGGUGCUCAGGGAUCGUAUGGGAUGCCGGGGAUCAAACCCAGAUUGGCCACGUGCAAGGCAAGCACCCCACCCGCUGUACUGUGGCUUAUUUCUUUAUUAGCCCACUAUCUUAAAGCCUGAAGCAGCCCUCUAGCCACCCUACAAAAUUCCCUGCACCCCCUCUCACCCAUGUCCCCAAGACAUACUCUUUCACCCAAGACAACGAGCAAUGCUGCCAGGACCUGGGUGUUUCACCCUCCAGGCGUACCGUCCUUUCCAGAAGCCUGUGUAGGGGCCAAAGAGAUCGUACAGCAGGCAGGGCACUCACCUUGCCCGCGGCUGCCCUGGCUUCCAUCCCCGGCAUCCCACAUGGUCCCCUGAGCCCCUGCAGGAGUGAUUACUGAGUGCAGAGCCAGGAGUGAUCCCUGAGCACUGCUGAGUGUGGCCCCGAGUAGGUGGAGAUGCUACUCACAAGCCUCUUGAGCCUGAUUUACAAUGGCAAGAAGGAACAAGGUGGAAUCAGGAACCCCCAUGGGACAGCCUCACCCCCCGCAGGACUUUGCCUUUGGAACUGGACUUGGAAUGUGACUCGGCACCCCGAACCUCCUCUUCCCUGCCUUCAUCUCCUCUCAGUCGACAGGCCCGGGAACUGAAGAGUGCUGGGAAGCCAGGUACAGCCAGAGCUCUCUGGGCAGGUAAGAGCCGUGUGUCGAGGGAGCGAGUCAGAGACUAAAGUGUUUCCUGCUUUGUACCCAACUUUCGGAUCUUUGAAAGUGAUCAGCAACACAUGGGCCUUCCAGCUGGGGCUGUGGCAUACGAGUCACUAAUAUUUACCCCUCGAACUUCAGGACCCCGUCAAGAGUUCUUGAGAUGGCAGCUUCCCCAUUUCUGUCCAGGAAGCUAGACCCUGAGCUUGUGUGUUGUCGUCCCACUCUGGACCCUGGGUCACCUUGGAACAGACGCAUUUGGGGCUGGAGCGAUAGCAAGGCAUCUAAGGCAUUUGCCUUGCACGUGACGGACCCGGGUUCGAUUCCCAGCAUCCCAUAUGGUGCCCUGAGCACCGCCAGGGGUAAUUCCUGAGUGCAGUAACCCCUGAGCAUCGCCGAGUGUGACUCAAAAAGCAAAAAAAAAAAAAAAAAAGGGAACAGAGGCAUUUAACCUCACAGAAGAAUGAACGUCAGAAAUGGCUCCGGCUUUUCACCCAUAAAACUGGAGCUAUUUCUAUGGGAAAGUGAGUUCUGAUGCUGAAUUAGGAUGCAAGGGUCCCCCUUUCCUCACCCCAAAGUAACAAAGAGAUAAAACCCCCAAUCCAGGAAAAGGCCUGCUCAGAGUCCAAGGAAGUACACACAUGCAUGGACUUCUGGGAAGGUUAAUGGGGCCUUACAGGCACUGUGGGUGUCCAGGCCGUGGGUGUCCAGGUCGUGGGCAGAAGUCCUGCCCAAGAUGUAGAGCAAGGCAGCAGGGGAGUGGGCACAAAAGGUGAAAGGUCCCCAAGUCAUCCACAAGGGUCACAGGUCUUAGGAUAAGCAAGACAGGAAGAAGCUGACCACCACCCCCACCCCAACACACACACACACACACACACACACACACACGCCAGUCACAGGUCUUAGGAUAAGCAAGACAGGACAAACUGACUACGGCCCCCACCCUAACACACACAUACACACACACACAUACAAAGGGUCACAGGUCUUAGGAUGACAGGAAAAACUGACCACCGCCCCACCCCAACACACACACACAUAGACAUAAACAUGCACGAGUGUGCGCGCGCUUCCCUACUUUCUGUUAAAAAGGGCAAUAGCAUAGCACGAUAUGAAAUACCCAUCAGACUGCUGAAAGGAGUGAUACAUAUUUAGCUCCUUGCAAACAACAGAUUGAUUAUCUGGGAAUUCUGACUGACGUAGAGCCUGAGUAUUUAUAUUUUUAUUAAGUGUCAGAUUAUUAGCAUGAUGCAAAUCUAAAAUCAAUGGCUUAAAACAGCAAGGAAAAAUAAAGAGCAAAAUGUUAAGCUCUCCAGUAAAAUUUGAGCUGGGUAGUAAUGCAUUAGUUUAGACAGGCUCAUCAGGCAGCUCUGUGUGUGUGUGUGUGUGUGUGUGUGUGUGUGUUAUGCAUUAGUUUAGACAGGCUCAUCAGGCAGCUGUGCGUGUGUGUGUGUUAGAUUGGGGCAGCCAGGUUAGUCAGGCAUAGAAUCGGUUGUACAAGAAUACUGAGUAAUUACAACACUUUUUUACCAUGAGGAGAAUCAGGACCAAGUGGCAGUAGGAGUACAACAGGAGAAAAUUAAGCAAAGUUUAAGUAAUUUUGUGGAAAAAAUGAAUAUAUUAGUGGCUUACAAAAGGCCAGCUUUUGCUCUCAAUAAACAGAGAAUUUAACUCUAACCUGGCAUUCAAUUUAACCUGCUUACUAUUGCUUACUAACUUCUAAUAUUCAUCUUCUAGCAAAGACAAAUAUGGAAGCAAAAUCCCCAGUCUGGUUUAUAAAAGAAAAUUCAAGCAAUUUUAAUCAGUCCUGCCAGCAGUUUAGAGAAUCCAUUUAGCAAGAGAUGUAUGUUUAUAAAUAAUCAAAGAUGCCAUUAAAAUAUAACUUGGUAAACAGGCAUUACCUAUUUAAUAAGUACAAUAUAUACAUAGAAUUCUCUUGAAAAGCGUCAUUUUAUACAGAAACAUAUUUACAAAAUGAACAGUGUCAUCAAAUGAACGAAUAUGUACAAUGCAUCCGUGUGUGUAUAUAUAUUAUAUAUAUGAACUUUGGAAGAUAAAUAAGGUUUUCAUCAUUGCAGUUAAAAUGGACAGCCAUAUGCAUUUUAAAAAUUCCAUUCCAGAAUAAAACACGUCUUUAAUAGGCAAUGGUAUUUUUCACUUAUUUUCCUAAAAUUCUUCAUGUUUGCAUACUUGAAAUUUUUCAAGUUUCUAGUGCCCCCAACUGGUGUUUAAACUUAAUCUCAGUGUCAAAAUAUCAGACACUUUGUUUUUAAAAAAUGAUAGAAAAAUGGUCUGCUGGAGUCAAUAUGCAUAAGGCAAAUCAACCUUCCUGAAAAUCAGUACGGUUUACACAUAUUCCCCGGGGUGGCAGGUGAACAUUUACCAGAGCAAAGGUUUCUCUAAAGGCUUUUUCUUUCAACCGGAACAUCUCGGUCAAAAUUCACAUGUAAAAUCCUUUAGAGACUAAUAUACCGUAAAGCAAUGAACACACACAUGAGAAACAAUUAGAUGCAUCUUCCUAAGCAUCAAGGAGGCAUCAUUAAGAACCUAUUAAAAUGGCAAAAUACCAAUGACCUUUCCUGGUCUUUGGCUCUCUUUUUUUUUUCUUUUUUCUUAAAGAAAUACUCAGCUGUGACAAAAAUGAGGACACAUGCAGAACCAUCGUGAAGAUGGCAACCUACUGACACAGACCUCGGCAAGAAUUCACUUCCCAAAGCCUCAUACCAGGGGGGGCUUCUGAGUCAGCUACCUGCCCAAGAGGACCAGGUGUGUUCCUGACUCAGUGGAAGGGAUGAGACUAAAAGCCUGCUCCUCCGACCCCCAACAAUGAAAACAAGGGACAGGAAGUUUCCUGCCUGAUGUGUGCCCCAAUUUAACCAUACUACCUAGCAGGGGGCCAGGUAGUUUCCCCCCCAAAGUGUGCCCAAUCAAAAGAAUGAUAGGUUGAUAGCCUGGUCAUAUUUAAGGUCAAGACAGACUGCUUUAACAUGGUUAUAAAGAUAACAAUAUUUUUUAAAAUAACUGAAAUUCAUUUUUCGGCCCAAGUUUAUCAUUUUCAAUGCUUAACACUUAGGCUAAAGUUAUAAGUGAUUAUGGGAAAAGGGAAGUCACAGUAAGUAGUCGCUUAAAAAAAAAAAACAAACAACUGGCCAAUAUGGACCACCACGCGGGGAGCAUGCAGGCGUGCAGAUAGCAUACAGGACUCUGGUUUCUCCAGGUCAGAGAUGACCUUGAUUUUGAAGAGUGUAAUUACUAUUAAACAUAAAAAGCAAAUGCCCCCCAGAGCUCAGGGUUAUCCAGACCGUGCUCUUCUUCCGGUCACCCCACCUUCUCCCCCUGGAUCCAACAGAGGAAGGGAGAGCCCCUCCGCCCUCAGCCCUCACGAGGCAUAGAGAGCCGAGACCAUCUCUGGGCCUUACUGUGCUCAGUCCUCAGACACGCACCAAAUGGCACACCAGAAACUCAAACACAAGAGGAGAACAAGGCAUUUUCUUCAAAAGUUGUCCACAGUUUUGCUCGUUUGUAGGAGGGAGGAGGUAACAGUAAAAAAUGUGGAUUACAAUAAUUCUCCAAAUAAAAAUGGGUGGCACAAAUGUUAA